AUGAUGUCAAGGCCCGCCUCGAAAAUCCGGCCCAGCCUUACGGGGAAGCUGAGUGAGCGGAAUGAGCAUUCGUCGAAACGCGCCGAAAGCCUGCAGCAAGAUCUCGUUUGCCAUAAUCAUAUCAUGAACACAACCUUCUCUGCAGCAGCCAGGUUUUCGGACAUCGUUGGCGCGACUUCCAAGGCGGAAGCAGUUGCGACGGCCCAGCCACAACCCGAGCUGACGGGUCGGACACCACUUGGCGGUGGCCGCACCUUCCCCACCACGGCAAGCUGGUGCGGAAGCCUGGCCUGGCCUUGCCGCAGCGCGAUGCUGAUUGGUCUGGUCGGCCUGUUGGAGGCUUUGGGCCAAGGAAGCGAUGUGCUGCAAGGGUGUGGCAGGGUGGCGAAUCCUCCCUUGUUUUUUUCGCUCUUGACCGUCUUCGACGAGGACAAGCCGGUGCAGAGUCGGGCCUCAGGUCGCCCAGAAAGCUAA